AUGUCUGAGUCGGCGGAGGUGCUCUCAGACGCCGACGCUGACUAUGGAACCGACACGGAGAUCAUGCAAGAAGAAGAAGAUGAAGGAAGCGAUGAGGAAGUUUUAGUAGGGGAAGAUUCUCCAAAUUUAAAAAUUAUCAAAGAAGCGGCAGACAGCACUCAAAACUGUCGUGUCUGCUAUGAUGAGUAUCACCCAACGAAAAACCAAGCCAGAGUUCUUGCAUGUGGUCACACUUUCUGCACUCGAUGUGUCGUCAGCUGCGGUACUCAUACGAACAAUGCAGUAAUUGUGGGGAUGAAGUGCCCGGAAUGUAGAAAAAUCAGUGAUCAGGUGCCUGCUACAGUUCCAAUCAACUUUCAGUUUAUGCAACUCCUUACCGCCUUGAAUCUCAUCAAAUUGCCGAAGACCCGAAAACAAGAAUUGGAGUUGCCGAACUACGAAAAUUUCGAACGUCUUGGAGCACAUAUUCCAAUUAAUAAGCUUACUGAAAAUUCGCUUCCAGAUCUCUUUGAACACCUAAAAGCGGUAUUCAAUGCUAUUAGAAUAAAAGCAGGGAAGGAACCAAAAAUGCCGAAACCGUUCAUAGCUGCUAGAAUUUCGUCUGAAUUGGGCAAACUGAAUGAUGCUGAAAAAACUACGUAUAGAAUAAUCAACGCAUUGAAAAAGCUAUACACUGGAGAGCUUCCGCGAGAUUACUUCGAUUUUAGUUGGCAACUUGAGAAUCCGUUGGAAAGAUUAGCUCUACGAGGAGACAACGAUUGGAUGAGAGAAAUGGUCGUGUACCGCCCACCACAUUUGAUAGAACCAGAACCACCAGAGCCCGAAGUCCCCGAGGAAGAACCAGUGCCCGAUUUGGAUAUAUUAUUAGCAAGAGAAGAGCUCGCCCAAGCAGAAGCCGAUCCAAACAGAAAUCUCCAUGUUGUACGAGAAGCACAUCUACGCAGAGAAAGGGAAAGUGCUCAAGAAAGACAGGCAGCGAUUAGAAAUGAGCAAUUCAUGAGAGAUUUAUUGGAUUGGAAUGGACAAGAUCCAGCAUUUGACAAUAUGAGCAGUAAUUUUCGCAGGCGACACCUAGAAAGAACAGCUGAAAUGCAAAAUGCUAUUCGUCGCAGUACUGACACACUAAGAAACAUUGAGAAUGAACGGAGGGUGGCACAGGGAUUGCCACCUUUCUUAGAGCAUGAUGAUGUUACUGUAAAUGACAGAGAUGAUGAGAGCGUUGCUUCUGACGACUCAUCUUAUAUUGAUGAUACUGUUCGAUCUCCACCACUACCAAUGACCAUCGGAGAAGGAAUCACUAUUUAUAGAAUGAUUGAAAUUUUCUCGCCAAGAAGCUUGAGACAAGGCACCCCAGCACUUGCUCUGCCUCAAAACCAUCGAAACCUUGAUGCUCUAGUUCAAACGAUAUACCCGGCGGAAUCAUCUGUAACUGAUCGAUUGGCCGAUUGUCAUCUUGCGGAUCUCCGUGUUUAUGGACGAGCCAACAAAGUCGAUGUAGAUCAUCUUCUGCGAUGCCUUCGUCAACACAGUAUUCGUUUCGCUUCAAAUGUCGUGGAAGCUCCUCGCGUUCCCGCAGUCCGUCUCCGUCGCCAAAGACCAGUGGCUGCCGAUGAAUACAACGCGCGACUGAGAGACAUCAGAAGUCGUGCUAAAGAUGCGCUCAGGGGAAACAGGCCACCUCAUCCAGCGAAUGCAGAAGAAGCGGAUCUUACCGUUCGUCUUAUUGUCAACUUGGCGAAUUCGUUGGGAGUCCGCGAUAAACUUUUAGAAGCUAUGCUUCCAGUUCGCACCCCUGAAGAAGAAGAGAACGAGAUUUUCGUUAUGAAGAACAGCGGAUCCGGUCGCCAAGAAGUGCUCUUUUGCACCGUUUGCCGUUGUGAUGUUCCAGUAGUAUCUAAACAGGUUCAUGCUCAAGGAAGACGGCACGUCGCAGCAAUGACUAACCGUCCUUCAUAUUCGCGUGCCCAUCACUAA